AUGUCUUCAGGGUAAUUAUGGCAACUGAACCGCAGACGUCUAUCUCUGUGAUUGAGCUUGGCAGGGAAGAGGCCGCAAGGGAGUGGAAGAAGAAGAGAACAUCUCGGGUAUUAGGGCAAACCAUACCCAUGAGACCAGAACAAGUCCAAGCUAAAACGAUCCACUACUCAUUUUUCCCCCAGUGUCUUGAACAGGAUAUAAUAGGAACUAUCAGGGUCCGGGUUCACACAGGCAGGCUAUGUAUAAGCUAAGUUAUAUUCGGACAGAUAGAUAAGAUGUAGCGUAAGAAGCUAUAAUAUCAUCACGAUCUAGCAGGAAGAUAUAUAGCUAGGGAUUAUAUUUCAGGAUAACGUGAUAAGCAUGACUAGUAGUGUAGUCUAGAACUACAAUGAAUUAUUCUUUUAUGUGUGCCCUAUACUUUUGUAUCUUUAUUUGAGCCCGUUUGUACCUCAUACAUGCUCGUGUCUCGGGGUUAGCGGUGCCAGAGAAGCUCUGCCUUCUUAUUUAUGCCUUAACUGUUGCGGGGAAACG